UCUGGCUCCAGGCUCCUGGCGAGAUCCCCGAGCCCCGGCGGCUGGUGCUGGGAGCCCGGAGCCCGGGCUGCAGCCGGGAGAGGGGAAUCUCCAGCAGGGCCCUUCCCGCUGCUCCCCAGGAGCCUCUCCCAGGGCAGAGCCCCCAGCCCGGCCAGGCCCCUUCCCGGCCCGGCCCCUGCCCCAGGGGGGCCCCGCUCGGAGGGAAGGCUGAGGAAUCACGUUCACAUGUCGCUCCAGAUCGUCCCGUCUUCCAGGAGACAGGGAAGGGAAAUGUCUGUGAUGGAGCCAGCUCAGAUGCCGGUGACCUUCGAGGAGGUGGCUGUGUAUUUCACCCAGGGGCAGGGGGCUCUGCUGGACCCCGCUCAGAGAGCCCUCUACAGGGACGUCAUGCAGGAGAACUACGAGACGGUGACCUCGUUGGGAUUUCCCAUUCCCAAACCUGAGCUGAUCGCCCGGCUGGAACGAGGGGAAGAGCCGUGGGUUCCUGAUCUCCAGGCCUGCAAGGAAAGAAGGCUUCUGAGAUGCACCCAUACAGCAGGCGCUGAGCGAGGGAGUGAGAACGAGGAGGGGAAUCAUCAUCAGGAAGUUCCUGGAGAAGUUCAACCACAGGGGACCUUUGUGGGAGGAGCUGAAAGGAAAUGUUUCAGUUCAAAGUCAGCACGAAAGUCACUUAAGAAAAGCCAUACAGGAGAAAGACCCCACAAGUGCUUGGACUGCGGGAAAAGUUUCACAGAGAGGUCAAACCUUGUUAACCAUCAGGCAAUCCACACAGAAGAGCGAUCCCAUAAGUGCUUACACUGUGGGAAAACUUUCACAUGUAGGUCGGCGCUUGUUAAUCAUCAGCCAACCCACACAGGAGAAAGACCCCACAAGUGCUUGGACUGUGGGAAAAGUUUCAUGCAAAAGUCACACCUUGUUAAACAUCAGGCAAUCCACACAGGAGAGAGACCCCACAAGUGCUUGGACUGUGGGAAAAGUUUUAUAAGAAGGUCAAACCUUGUUGAACAUCAGGCACUCCACACAGGAGAGAGACCCCACAAGUGCUUGGACUGUGGGGAAAGUUUCAUACGAAGGUCAGACCUUGUUUGUCAUCAGUCAGUCCACACAGGAGAGAGACCCUACAAGUGCUUGGACUGUGAGAAAAGUUUCAUAAGAAGGUCACACCUUGUUCAACAUCAGGCUAUCCACACAGGAGAGAGACCCCACAAGUGCUUGGACUGUGGGAAAAGUUUCAUACGAAGGUCAGAAUUUAUUUAUCAUCAGGCAAUCCACACAGGAGAGAGACCCCACAAGUGCUUGGACUGUGGGAAAAGUUUCAUACAGAGGUCACAGCUUGUUCAACAUCAGGCAAUCCACACAGGAGACAGACCCCACAAGUGCUUGGACUGUGGGGAAAGUUUCAUACGAAGGUCAUACCUUGUUUAUCAUGAGGCAAUCCACACAGGAGAGAGACCCCACAAGUGCUUGGACUGUGGGAAAAGUUUCAUACAGAGGUCACAGCUUGUUCAACAUCAGGCAGUCCAUACAGGAGAGAGACCCCACAAGUGCUUGGACUGUAGGAAAACAUUCAAACAGAGAUCAACCCUGGUUAAACAUCAGAGAAUCCACACAGGAGAGUGACUCUAUAAGUGCGUGGACUGUGGGAAAAGUUUCACAUGGAGAUCAGACCUCGUUCAACAUGGGAGUAUCCACACAGGAGCGAGACCUCACAAGUGCUUAGACUGUGGGAAAAGUUUCACACAGAAAUCACACCUCAUUAAACAUGGAAGAAUCCACACAGGAUCUAAACUUCUGUGACACGUGACAAGAAAGGGUUAAGCAGCUUGCAUGUAAUUGACUCAGAUCAGGCCUGGUUACACAUCAGGGAAAACUAAAUCCUCAGUACCACUUCCAGGGCCGGCUGUGGGGCGGCAAAAAAGCUAGAGCCGGCCCUUACCACUUCAAACUAAUCUUAUUGAGGGCGGCAACAGUUCCUCAGUUCUGCUCUGCCUUUGAUUUUGUUACAAAAUCAAUAAAUUCGGAUGGCGUGAGCCCAAGAGGGACAGACGGCUCCACGGGCAGUCCUCCUUCGAUACCCCAUUAGAGAUUUCAAAAGGUCUCUUACCUCUUGAUUGGCGCUUUGGGGUUCGAAGAGGAACGGUCCGCAGUAGCUGCUGCUGUCUCAGCCGGGCGUUACCAUCCGAGUCACGGCACCAAUAAUUGUGGAAGAAAACAGAGUUUUUACUUCUAGGGUGGUUGUAACAAAUCAGAGACAGUUUAUUCUUAAGCAAUUGCAAGAGGGGAACUACACACCCAGGCAGGGAAUCUCCCUUCUUCCAGGUAGGGCUCCAAAGAUAAACAAUUGGGGCAAGCCUUUAUACCUUUUUUUUAUAGAUAAUAAUGAUAAUAGCUGAACAACCUUGCCACGCGCUGAAACCAAAGAACUGGGUCUACGUAAAGGUCCAUCAGCGAAAGACCGCCCUGGCUCCACGCUGGAAAGGCCCUUACCAAGUCCUGCUGACUACCAACACUCCUGUAAAGUGCCAAGGAUUGACUGCCUGGACCCAUGCUUCUCACUGCAAAAAGGGCUCUUCACCUCAAGAGGACUUUCCGACUGAUGAUCAGCCUGUUUCUCCUUCUGGUGCUGCUGUUUCUUUUGGACAGCAGAAAAAAAGGACAAGGUGAAGGGCUAGUAACCGCUCCCUUGUCCACUGACAGAACUACCAUGCAUUUGGAUUUUGCUAAAAAAACUAAAGCAUUACAGGGUGAUGUGCUAGUAACCUCUCCCCUGCAAAAUGCUAAACCACGACUGUUCCAAGAAAAAAGUAGGAACACUCGCUCCUCUGAAACCGCCAAAGUCCAGGGAUUUCUGACCACAAAGAACAUUAAAAACUGGCACUGGUGGCAAAAACGAAGUGUUGUAUACUAGCAAGAAGGAAAUUGUGGGGACGAGUCUUAGAAAUGUGGUAUUCAUUGGAUUUGGGGGUUUAUUCCAAGUAAUGCGUGCUGUGCUUUUGGACAAGUACCUUCAGCAUGUAUAGCACUCCCCAAUUGGCUUUCAAAUGAUGAAUACCAAAAGCACUUUGCUGUCACAAACGCUACCCCUACCAUCUCCCCCACCGCCACUACCACCCCUGUAAUAUACCCAAAUACAAAUAAUACCAUAUAUUCUAAUGAAAUACACUGGCCAAGGCCUUCACAUUUUAGUGCUUUACUAAAAUUCUGCUCAAAAAAAUUCUUCUUUAAAAUUCAAAAUAAGUCAUAUAAGCAAACAAUUAAGUAAAAAACAAAUGGGUCAAUAACAAUCAAAAUAUAGAAUAUCAUUACAAGUAAGCCCCAAAAAUCUAAAAUUAAAAUGAAUGGGUUUUAUAGCGAGGUAAAUAUAAUGGCCGUUCCCGAAAUUUGUAGUAUGUUAAAUGAAAAAGACUCUUAUUGUUACUUAUCAGAGGGGUAGCCGUGUUGGUCUGGAUCUGUAAAAGCAGCAAAGAGUCCUGUGGCACCUUAUAGACUAACAGACGUAUUGGGGCAGGAGCUU